AUGGCUCACCUCUUGUUGGCCCUCUCGGCGUCCUUGCCCGAGAGCGGUGCUGACACCUCUGCCGUGGGCUUCUGCGACGCGGCGUUGCACGCGUUCGCCCUGGUGACGCGGGAGCUCGGGCGGACGAUGUCCUAUCUUGUGCAGGCUCGUCGUCAGGUGUGGCUUGCUCAGUCCCCCCUGACUGAGCCUGCCCGGAGGACGCUCCGCAACAGCUGUCGGGCCUGCGUCGGGGCUCCGCUCCUGCAGGUGGGCUGGGGGCUCCCUCUGCUGGUUUUCGUCCUCGCCGUGCGGCGCACCUUUCCCCUGAUGGGGGCUAUGGUGCCCAGCCAGCCUCCCGGCAUUCAGCCGAUUCCUUUCGUGACCCCGCCCGCUUGCCUCCACGUCGGGCGCAGGCGGGGCCUCCCGCCCGCCAGCCCCCCAGGGCCCGUCGGGGCCGGAGGGGCAGGGACUGAGGCCGUUGGGCCGGCCGUCGGAUUUUUUUCCCACCAGCAGCUCAGGUACUGGGCUGCUCGAGUUUCGGACCCCUGGGUGAUAUCCACCUUGACCCAUGGGUACGUGCUCCAGUUCCGACGCCGGCCCCCCGUGUCCCGCCGGGUCCGGGUGACUACUGUCUCGGACCCGGCGAGGGCUCUGGCUCUGAGCCGGGAGCUGUCUUCUCUCCUGGCCAUGGGGGCCAUCGAGCCUGUGGAUCCCCGGGCUUGCCCCCGGGGUUUUUACUCAACUUAUUUUCUGGUUCCGAAGAAGACCGGCGGUUUUCGGCCGGUUCUGGAUUUGCGGGGCCUCAAUCGGUACCUGAAGGUACUUCCGUUCCGCAUGUUGACCGUCGCGGAUGUAUUGCGGGUGGUCGCCCGGGGGGAGUGGUUCACCUCCGUGGACCUGAAGGACGCCUACUUUCAUGUGCCGGUCGCUCCUCGCCACAGGCGGUUUCUCCGCUUCGCCUACAGGGGUCGCCACUGGCAGUUCAGGGUGCUCCCCUUCGGGCUCUCCCUUUCCCCGAGGGUGUUCACCCGUGUUGUGCGGGCUGGUCUGGCUCCCCUCCAGUCGGUGGGCAUGAAGAUUCUGCCCUACCUCGACGACUGGCUGCUGUGUGCGCCGUCGCGCGCUCAGGCGUACGGCGAUACGGCAGUCCUUCUUGCCCACGUGGAUCGCUUGGGCAUCAGGGUGAAUUUGGGGAAGUCGUGUCUGGUUCCUUCCCAGCAGGCGACCUUCCUCGGGGUGUCUCUGGACUCGGUGGCCAUGUUGGCUCGACCGUCGUCCCGUCGGGUGGAGGCCGCUCUUCGCCUCCUCUCGCAUUUUCCGGUGGGUCAGGUACGUCCGUAUCUGACCUUUCUGCGUCUUUUGGGCGUGCUGACGUCCCUGACCGCGGUCGUGCCCCUUGGUCUUCUCUUCUUGCGCCCCCUGCAGCGUUGGCUGAAUGGCUUUCGCCUGGACGCCAGGCGGCACCGACGACGGUUACUGAGAGUCUCCGGCCGGUGCGCGGUGGCCUUGGCGCCGUGGAGGAACGGGGCUUUCUUGUUGGAGGGCGUUCCAUUGGGGGUUGCCCCAGUCCGUCGCGAGGUGGUCACUACGGACGCCAGUCGCUUGGGAUGGGGUGCCGUCUGGCAGCGCAGGGCUGCUCGGGGCAGCUGGUCUCUGCGGGACCACGCUGUCCACAUCAACGUCCUGGAGCUGCGUGCGGUUCACCUGGCUCUCCGGCACUUUUACCCUUUCCUACGGGGAAGGCACGUGCUGGUGCGUUCAGACAACGCUGCCGCCGUGUACCACAUCAACCACCAGGGGGGCACGAGGUCCGCUCAUCUCUUGGAGGCCUCCCGCCGUCUUCUUGUGUGGGCGGCCCCUCGUCUUGCGAGUCUGCGGGCCGCCUAUCUUCCCGGCCAGUUGAACCGUCUGGCGGACUCCUUGUCCCGCCGUCGCCUCCCGCCGGGGGAGUGGCGCCUCCAUCCCGAGGUGGUGCGCGCGAUUUGGGGAGUUUUCGGCCAAGCCGAGGUGGACCUCUUCGCCUCCCGGGAGUCGGCCCAUUGCCCUCUCUGGUUUUCCCUGGGGGAGCGCUCCAGCCCUCUCGGUCAGGACGCGCUGGCCCACCCCUGGCCGAGGGUCCUGCUCUACGCCUUCCCGCCGCUCCCUCUGAUCUGGCUGACGCUUCGGAGGGUGUCUUUGGAGGGGCACUCAUUGCUGCUGGUGGCCCCCUUCUGGCCGGCUCGCCUAUGGUUUCCCCUGCUGCGCAGCCUGUGUGUCGGCGAGCCUUGGUGCCUCCCCGAGAGGCGGGAUCUACUGUCCCAGUUGGGGGGCCAGUUAUGGCAUCCCGAUCCUCGCCGUCUCCGCCUGCACGUCUGGCCGCUGAGGGGACCGACUCGCUGUUUGACGCCUGCUCGAGUUCAGUCAGGCGGACGCUUUUGAACGCCCGGGCGCCCUCCACCCGGCUGCAGUACGCUGGCCGGUGGAGGUUGUUCGUGAAGUGGUGCGGGGACCGUGGGGAUGACCCGGUCUACGUCGCUGCCAUCUCUGCUCAUCACGCCAAGGUCUCUGGUGGAUCUGUGGGGAACCACGGCCUGGUCGCUACAUUCCUCAAGGGGGCUCUGAGGCUCCACCCCCGCAGGUGUCCUCGCGCCCCGGUCUGGGAUCUGCAGCUGGUGCUUGACAGCUUGUGCCGCCCCCCCUUCGAGCCUAUGGAUGC